AUGAGUCCCUUAAUUGACGACGAAGAAAGAGAGACUGAAUCUCUAGCGGUGGAAGAAUAUGCUGACAAGGCAGAGUCGAAAGCUGGCGAUGAAACGAGCGAAGAUGAAUCCGACAGCGAUGAAGAAGAGGGAGAGGUUACCAACCGGAAUGGAAAGUCCGUCAAAGACCUUCUUGAAGAGGUGCUGAAAGGGAUACAAGAUGGAAACAAGGAUCUCACAAGCAGCAGCCAGUUGAAGUCUUUCAAAGCCAAUGGCGGCGACGGCCACACCUUGGCGUCCAACACGGGAGAUCCUCGCCAGCCGACAGCUUUGCAUAUCAUGGCCGCAAUGGACAAGAAAGAUUUACCAAAGCUAGACAGCAAGAUGGAACCUCUCAUCAAGUUCUUGGUGGAGCAUGAAAACGAUCUACUCAGAUUGCAAGACCGAUCAGGCCAUACUCCUCUGUUCCUAGCGAUUGAAGCCAAAAAAGAGAAAAUGGUGCAGUGGAUGUGCGACUCUCACCCAAACAUCAGUGCCAUCUUGGCCAUUUCCAGCAACGAUAAAGAUAAAAUGAACUGCCUUCACAUUGGUAUCGAUAAAAGGGUCAAGUUUUUGGACCUCCUCAUUGACAGAGCCGAGCCGGAGACUUUGGCGGCCAAAGAUGGAGACGGCAACACGGCGUUACACCUUGCCGUCGAGUAUAAGAAGUGUAAAAAAGAGCAGCUAGAUAUCAUCCAGAAAAUUAUCUCCAAAAGCGACGCUGCCGUGCAACGCAGUUCUGAAGACGGUGACUUCAACAAUGAUGGGUUAUCGCCAUACCUUCAUCAUAAAGAGAGCGUCAGGAAGGCUUUGGCCAGGGAGAAGGAGAAAGAGAGGAAGAAAGCCAAAGAGGAGAAGGAGCGUGAAAAGAACAAUGCUCGUCUUCGUGCCGAAGCUGGUGAAGCCGACAACUCCACGCAAAAUCGAGAGACGGCUCCAAGAUCCCAAGGACCUGGAGGGCCAGGAGGGCCAGGAGCUCCCAGUGUGCAAGCUCCAGACCCCAGCGGACGUCCAGACAGACGACCGAACAUCCAGAUUGACUCUUCUCGUACCAAAUACGGAGGACGGUCGCAACCCGCAGCGAACGUGAACUCGCCAGCUGUGGCCACAGCACCUCCACUCACGAAUAGAGACGAAAUGAAGAAGCUAGCCUUGCGUCCACCUGAGACAACCUUGGCAAAGCCGGCUGCCGAUGCAAGAUCAGUUACGGACAGCGGCCACAAAUCGAAAAUCGACGAGACAACUCUGAAAGGUGUAGAGCGUCUUCUGAAACUUCACUAUCUCCGUUCGCGCAGCUACAAUUCUGCCAUGGAGAUUUUAUAUGGGCGCAAUACAACUUCAGACUAUGAGCUGUAUUUUGACUUGUCCGGACACGCAAACAUCGCUCAGACUGGUUUUGAAAAUCUAUUGUCAAAGCUCAAAUUCGAGGAUAUUCUCCAAUACGUCGCCAUUCCAAGGCUUAAUGUGGAGGUGAAUAUGAACGCAGCAAACAGUAAGCGGUCUCGUGGCACCGGCCGUUCCUCGAAACAGGAUGGCGACGGCCGACGAGACUUGUGCUACAUAUUUGAUCGUUUGAGAAAGAAGGGAGUCAAGACAAUCCUCAAAGUAAUCAUCGACGAUUCGGUCUCGCCCGCUCAUAGCGAUGAAGCUAUUGAAGACGCCUUGAAAUUUAUGGACGUCGAAAUUUGGGAUUGGAAGAGAACAGAUUUGUGCUCCGAGGUCAUAUGCAGAGUGGCAUCUAAAGCACGCGAAGUCAAUUUAUACUGGAGCGGCAACAAUGCGGUGCUUCGGGGAUGGAGUGAAGAGGGUGGACUGAAAAGACUUCGGGAACUGAAAACGGUUCAUCUACACAUCCAGCAGGGUCUUGAAACAAAUGGCCGAACGAAACUAAAUGUCGAAGAUUUUUGUGAUCGCAUGAAGAAGUUAUGCCCCGGAGUCGACGUCCACAAGGAAUGGCCGAUUAUACAAAGAGAACAAGUGGAAGCCAACGCUCUCUUAGCUGGAGAUCAAGCCGAGCAUUCAACCAAGCACGAAUGGAUCCAGUGCAUGAAGGAAUUCCGACGCCUGCUCUUUGACGCUGAGCGCUAUUACGACCGUGGAAAGGUCGAAGAGAUUAUCGAAGAACCCAUCAAGAUUGCUCUUAUUGACGAUGGAGUGGACGUCAAAGAUUUGGAGUUUAGUUUCAUUGGAGGACGAACUUUUUGCACGCGAGAUGAAGAGCAUAAUCUCAACGACCCUUACUAUGUAUCCAGCACAGGGCAUGGUACCAUUAUGGCAAAGCAAAUCCACCUGUUGUGUCCUCGGGCGCAAUUCUACGUCUUGAGACUGGAGGAUCAUGCUUCAGAAGAAGGCAAUAGCCGGCAACUUACGGCCAAGAGUGCCGCUCAGGCAAUCAUGGCUGCUGUGAGGAAAAAGGUGCACAUCAUUUCCAUGUCCUGGACCAUCGACCCUCCCGAAGACGAGGAAGAGAGACGAUUUCUUGACGCGGCAAUUGUGGAAGCUGCCAAUGCGGACAUUCUCAUGUUCUGUUCUGCUAGUGAUAAAGGUGCCAAGCAGAACGCAACAUAUCCAUCAAAGGCCACGACCAAAAUCUUCACCAUUGGCGCUGCUACGGCCUCAGGCGCAGCAGAUCCCUGGGUUGGUAACCUUGGGAACAUCAACUUUACUUUCCCUGGUACCAAGGUCGAAAUGGACGGCCCCCGAUCCAGCACCGAUACCUCGUCGAGAGAAGUCACAGGCUCAUCUGUUGCGACCGCUUUGGCUGCGGGCCUUGCUGCCCUGGUUUUGUACUGCGUUCAAGUGCGGUUGUUGUUGGCUACUGACCAGGACAAACAAAAGGCGCGUCGUGAUUUCCAGCUUCUGAAGAAACAUGACCACAUGAUGAAGGCGCUCAAGGACAUUGGUACGACGGAGGAAAGCAACCACAAGUUCAUCGAGGUAUGGGAGGUAUUUGGCAAGAAGGUGGAAGAGAAGGAGAGAUAUGAUCAGGAGAGAUGGCUUGAUCUGAUCGCUGAAGUGGGCACGAUCCUGUGCAGAAAGAUUGGCUAG